AUGAUUCUGUCCCAACUUCCGAGCAUGGAGAACUCCCUCGGCUAUUCACCAACCACCUUCGAAUCGUUCGACGUUACGCCCGUGAUCGGACGGGAAUUCGUCGGCGUCGAUCUUUCCAACCUGCUACGGGCUCCUAACUCUGACGAGCUUAUCCGGGAUCUUGCAAUCACCAUCUCCCGCCGUGGCGUGGUUUUCUUCCGCAAGCAGGAUAACUUGACCGAUGACCUGCAGAAAGAGCUGGUGCAGCGCUUGGGAGAGCAGAGCGGCAAGCCAGCAACAACGCGGCGCGUGACCACGCCGGCAAGGACGACGAGAUCAGCGUCGUUUCGUCCCAACAGGCGAAGAAGCUGUUUUCUGGCAGCUAUGCCAGCUUCGGCUUCGGAGCUAAGCGCUAAACCCAUUCCAAGUGACUACGCCCUGCUACGGCUGACACAGCUGCCUGAGACCGGUGGAGAUACACUGUGGGCAUCUGGCUACGAGUUGUACGACCGCAUCUCGCCGACGCUGCAGCGCUUCCUGGAUACGUUGACGGCUAAGUACGCCCAGCCGCAGUUCAAUCAGGCCGCUAAGGAGAACAACUUCAGCAUCUACAGCGCGCAGCGCGGCGCGCCAGAAAACGUAGGCGAGGUGCUUGAGGCUGUUCACCCAGUCGUCCGUACGAACCCCGUGACUGGAUGGAAGUCUAUUUUUGCCGUCGGUCAGCACGUUGAACGCAUCCAUGGGCUCAGCGAGACAGAGAACCGCCAUUUCCUCGAUUGGUUUAUCGACCUCAUCAAUGCCAACGACGUGGCUAUCUGGGAUAAUGGGAGCGUCUACCAUGCCGCGACACCUGAUUACAUGUUUGAACAGGGCCUAGGGGAGAGGUAUGGCGUUCGUGCCGUCAGUCUCGGGGAGAAGCCGUAUUUUGACCCUCAGAGCACGGGAAGGAGGGAAAGCCUGGAGAAGGAGACGCAGGAGGCCGCGGUCCCGGAAGUCUCUGCAUAA